AAUAAAGCGCUGUUAAGCUUUUCAGGAUAACCGGGCGUAGCGCAUCGUUGCGGUGCAAUUUACGCGGUCGUAAUUUACAUAAAUCGUGUCGGAUAGUAAAAAGUUAUUAAGGAUUUUGUCUAAACAUGGGUGUGGACGUUGAAACUAUUACGCCCGGCGAUGAGGCAACCUACCCAAAACGGGGGCAAACUGUCGUUGUCCAUUACACCGGUACGCUGACGAACGGGCAAAAAUUUGAUUCAUCCCGUGACAGAGGCAAGCCUUUCAAGUUCAAGAUUGGAAAGGGCGAGGUCAUCAAGGGCUGGGAUCAAGGUGUCGCUAAGAUGUCUGUCGGUGAGCGUGCUAAGCUGACCUGCUCUCCUGACUUUGCAUAUGGCCAGCAAGGUCACCCCGGAGUCAUCCCACCAAACUCCACACUCAUCUUCGAUGUUGAACUCAUCCGUCUUGAAUAAACACAUCAAAACUUUGUUCACUAGAUUUAGUUUCACUUAACUAAUUGUUCACAAAAGAGGUUUUAAGCAUUGCCUUUUAGUGUUCAAAGUCAUUACAUAAGUUGAAUUUCUAUGUUAAGGGGGUUUUCAUGCAAUCAAUAAAGAGUUUUGAUAUAUUUCAUUUUUGUAAUUUCUUCAUAUAAUAAAUUUUAAUAUUGUAUUUGAUUCAUGAAUAAAACUAUAUGCAAGACAUUCCGUGAGCAUUUCAAAGUCAAUUAUACUUAUAUCUUUUAUGUACUCUCAAUGAAUUUUGCAUAUUAAUUGUAAGCACAAGAUUGAAUAAUAUUUGCCUAUCAAAGAUGUUUCUUCUUCCUUUUUAAUUGUAUUCCGGUACAUACUUCAAAAGCUUUAUUAUAUGUAAUACUUUAAGAAUAAACAUCAUCUAACACA